CGACUACAAGGGAAGCGUCACGCUGCUCCGCACGAGCGAAAGAGACGUUGACUUUUUUGUUUUCAGCGGCUCCAAAGUGCUCCCGGUGAAAGAAAAUGCGUCGUUUAAGUCGUGUAUAUAAGUCAGCUAUGCAAACAUGGCUAUGUGCAUCGGGUGAAGCUUAGUAGCGCCUGGUUUGUCGACCAUAAAGUAAAGGUUGUCCUAAUCUGGACAAGCAAAAACAACGCGGCGCGUAGAAGGAAGAAGACUAGCGCUUGAGCAAAUCGUCGUUCCGGACGAUUUUGAAGCAUUUAUUCUUUUGCCUAUUAAUUUGAGACAGUUAUCUCAUUAGGUACUAGGCAAUUUUACAAAGAAAAAAAUGGACCGAGGUGGCUGCCAGAUGAGUGGCGGCGGUCCUAGUAGUGGAGACGGUAGCGGCCCCGACCGACACGGGAUGAUCACACUGGAGGACCUGGAGUCUUUCUCGGAGGACCAGCCCGAAGACUCUGGCAAUGGGAGUCUCGAAGAAGAAGGCCAGACCAUGGAGGAAGACGAAAAUCCAGACCGCCUGCUACAUUACUGGCAGGAGGUAGCGAGGGGACACCAAGUGGAAGUUUCUCAAGAUAUGGCAGAACCCAUUCAACAGCUAAGCACCAAUAACCAAGGACGCAGUCACAGAGAGCAGAUCCCGUUUACCCUCCUUGGACGCAAAGAGAAGUGUGGUGAGAUCCUGUAUGAGAAACGCCACUAUGAAAAGGGUCACUGGGCUUGUAUAAUAAUGCGUGAGGAGACGUAUGAACAGAGCAUUUGCUAUGGCUUUAUGAGGAUAAUGAGAUACAUCUGCCAACACAACUCCUUAGGUGACUAUCUGGGCAUGACGCUGCCUAUUGUAACAGUGGUGCGCACAGAUGAGAAUCAUUCUGCAAUGUCCCCUGAUGUCACUGUGGCUUACUACCUUCCCACUGAGCACCAGGCCCAGCCCCCCCAACCUCACGACAGCGACAUUGUCAUUGAGAUCUGGCCUGCCACUGUUGUAUAUACGAGAUCACUCCUUCCCUCUUCCAGAGCCUUUAGCGGUCCCACCAAUGAAGUGACCAUCAUAAACCAGAUAAGCACCUUGGCCGAGCUGCUGGAGUCUCCAGGAGUGUGUGUCAACGACUCAUUCAUCGUGGCCGGCUACACCAACCCUGCUCACAACAACCGUCAGAAUGAAAUCUGGUUUUUAGAGCGGCGCUAAGGGAUAGUGGGAUUACGUGGCAUCCUACUUGUGACCCUUAACCUUCAUAAAGACUCCCUUAACACUGCCCCAGCUUAGCUACAGCCUCAGGUGCAACAUCGUCGUCAGUCACAACCGCUACUACCUGAAAUGACCACCAGCCCAGCAACACUCCAGAACCAUCUGGUUUCAUCUUUAAAUGACAACAAGCUCAACCUCAGUCAGUUUUCCUUUCUGUUCAUUUUAGUUAGAUCAUUUGGCACACAAGAACUGAACUCGACCACUGCCAUAGUCUUGUGAACACUACUCAGAUGAUAGGGUGAAGCAUAGCAUUUACUCCUGCUUAAAGAUGGCUAACAACCUUUUCCUAAGCACACUGCCCACUAAGUGGUGUCAGAAACAUGCAACAGCCUGCUCAUCUGCAGAGGAGUCAGGCUUCGUGGUGGACAUGCAGCCAUAUUGUGCUCCCUUCUUUUUUGUUGCGCAGCCACAAUGUCUUGUUAUGGAAUGACGCCAUCAUUCUCUUGCUUAUUGAGGCAUUUACAGCUCUGCCACAGUUGAUCCACUGUUACUUUACCUCUGGAUUACAUACUUCAUUACAGGUUAUAGGUUUGUGAUAACAGUCACACAGCAUAUUCUGCAUAUUCAGUAAAAAGUGCAAUAUUUAUUAGAUAACCAUAACAACAUGGAAGUACCUGGGCCACUAACCUAACCCAAUCUAGGUGCGUUCAGUUGAUGAAAAUUUAGGAGGGGAUUCUGCAGCAUCCAUCUUGACCUGAACUAGUGGCUUUAACUAUAAAUAAGCUUGACACAAACGGUGAUGUUAAUUUAGAAAACAAGCACUUUUGAACGGAACUUGUUCAUGUGUGUUUACACUUGAAUGUAAAUCUACGGGACAAGGGGGUAACACACAGAUCACUUCUACAAACCAAAUGCUGAAACACUCACUGAUAUAUAUAUAUAUAUAUAUAUAUAUAUA